AUGAGAGGCUACAGCAUUCUGUUCUUCCUCUCCUACACCCAUAUAUACAACGUCAUAAUCUGUCUGCAAAAGAAAAAAAGCUGUUUUUGUUACCAAUUUUUUUCUGACAACAAAGUUCAGGCAGAAGGCCUACGUCGAGGUCAUAAAGAUGGUUCGUCAUCCAAGCUGCAACAGUGUGUGGAUCAUCCACUAGCACAAACAACAGAUGAUAUGAAGCGAAUCACCCUCUCUGGAGAAGUGUUGCACAAUGAAGAGAAACCUGUUGCUUCUGACACAUCAUUGUCUAGUGUCAGAAAUAUAGUCCCACCUGAAAGAAAAGCUGAUAGGUCCUCUUCCUCAUCUUCAGACAAGAUGGAAAAUCAUCAAGUGCAACAGAAUAAUGGUAUUACAAAUGAAAAUCAUGAGGAAACACCACUAUCGAAAGAAGAGGAAAACCGUGCUGUACGACCGUCCACACUACAACCAAUUCGUCCGAAGAAGAAAAUUAAACCAAAUGUGGGUGAUUUCUUCAAAGAUGAGGAUCUGGAUGGAGAAAGUGGUUCUCCCCCAGGGGAAAACAUGCUGGGCAACAUAGAUGAUCUACAGACACCAGAGGACCUUGACACGCCUGAAGAAGUUGAUGUGGAAGAUUUAGAAGAAAUUGAUUGGGAGAGUGAAACUCCUUUGGAGUCCCCAAGUGCUAUCCCUGAAUACACUGCUGAAGAGGAAAGGGCAGACUCAAAACAUUGGAAAGCAGUGUGGAUUGGAGACAAACAGUUCCGUAUUGAUAUGAAAGUGGUGGAACCCUACAAGAAAGUUUUAUCUCAUGGAGGCUACAUGGGAGAAGAUCUCAAUGCUAUUAUUGUAUUUUCUGGUUGUUUUCUUCCGGAUCGAGGAAGAAAAGAUUACAAUUAUGUCAUGGAUAAUUUGUUCUUAUAUGUAACUAGCACACUAGAACAGCUUGUAGCUGAAGAUUAUAUGAUAGUAUUCUUCCACGGAGCUACACCCCGCCGUCAGAUGCCCGGUUUUAGUUGGCUUAAACGCUGCUACCAAAUGAUUGAUCACCGAUUAAAGAAAAAUCUGAAGGCACUAUUGUUAGUACAUCCCACCUUAUGGUUGAAGACAAUUGUCAUGAUGACAAGACCGUUUAUCAGUUCAAAAUUCUAUUCCAAACUGCGCUAUGUAAAAACACUGGAAGAGUUGACAAAAGUGGUUCCAAUGGAACAUGUUUAUGUGCCUGAGCAAGUAAAAUUAGUGGACCAUUUGAUGAGAAUGAACCCCAAGACCAUCAAUGAAGAGCGUUCCAAAAGAAACAGUUUUACUCCUACUACUCCAGCCAAGUCUAUCUUUCUUUUUCUUCUUUUGGAGAGUCUAUCUUUCUUUUUCUUCUUUUGGAGAGUCUAUCUUUCUUUUUCUUCUUUUGGAGAGUCUAUCUUUCUUUUUCUUCUUUUGGAGAGUCUAUCUUUCUUUUUCUUCUUUUGGAGAGUCUAUCUUUCUUUUUUUCUUUUGGAGAGUCUAUCUUUUUUUCUUCUUUUAAUAGUCUAUCUUUCUUUUCUUCUUUUUGCGAGUCUAUCUUUCUUUUUCUUCUUUUGGCGAGUCUAUCUUUCUUUUUCUUCUUUUGGCGAGUCUAUCUUUCUUUUUCUUCUUUUGGCGAGUCUAUCUUUCUUUUUCUUCUUUUGGCGAGUCUAUCUUUCUUUUUCUUCUUUCUUUCUUUUUCUUCUUUCUUUCUUUUUGAAUUUUUUUACACAAUCUGGAGUAGAUUAUUUACUUGGCCAAUCUCUUCUUUUUAAUCCCUUAAGACUUGGCCAAUCUAUUCUUUUUAAUCCCUUAAGACUUGGCCAAUCUAUUCUUUUUAAUCCCUUAAGACUUGGCCAAUCUAUUCUUUUUAAUCCCUUAAGACUUGGCCAAUCUAUUCUUUUUAAUCCCUUAAGACUUGGCCUAUCUUUUCUUUUUAAUCCCUUAAGACUUGGCCAAUUUUUUCUUUUUACUCCUUUAUGA